AUAAAACGCCCCUUCCAAAAGCCAAUUGUAAAGCACACCCAAAAUUUUAACUCAAAAGCCUGCUGCUCUUUUGGCCUCUCCUCAAUCAAAGAAAAACAACAAAUGAAUCCAUUUGCUUCUUUCUUGCUUCUCUUAUCUUCUCUAGCUUUUCUUGUCUCCAUUGGUAAUGGUCAAGACAGAGCUCCCCAUGGCAUUGCUCACGAGAAUCCGAUGGCCUUCUCCCCGUCGGCUUACGAAUUCUUCCACCCCAAAACCCAAAAUCAAGACACCAAAAACCCAUGUGCAGCCUCCAAAUGCUCACCAUUGCCUGUAGCAGCUGAAGUGGACUCUAACAAAGCACUUGAAACCAAAGCAUUACCACAACAGAAACCAGGGCAUCCACUCGGUGCUGGUGGAGUUGUUGCCAUUGUUUUCGGUUUGGCAUUUGUGGUGCUUUCGGCAAUGGGUGUUUUCUAUGUGAUUAAAACCCGCCGAGUUACUGCUACAACUAAUCAACCAAACACUGUUCAACUCGAUGCCUGAUAGUGUACUCUUCAAGCACCAAAUCUCCAUUGUAUAAAUACAUAUAGGCGAAUGCUCUAUUAGAAUUAAGCUUUUCUUCAAUCUUUUUUUUUUCUUAUUUCUCUUUGGGGUUUUUCUGCUUUCAUGGAGUGUAUUUGCUUUAUGAUUCAAUUUGUUAUAUAAUUGGGAUGAUAGUGUUUUUCACA